CUCGCUUUUCUCUUCUUCUUCCUUUCUGUUACCAGUAAAAGCCAAACCACUUUCUCUCUGACCGCCAAGAUCAUUCUUCUAUCUAGGGCCUUCUCUCCGUAUGGAGUCUAUACGGAAGCAAGCCAGUAAGCUCAGGGAGCAAGUCGCAAAGCAGCAGCAGGCUGUAUUGAAACGGUUGGGAACCUUAGGUAAUGAAGCUGUUAUGAUUGAUGAAGCUGAACUUCUGUGCCACCAAAAUCUUCAAGAUUUAUAUAAUUCGACGAGGGCAGCGAAGCAUUUUCAGCGGAGUCUUGUUCGGGGAGUUGAGGCUUUUGUAUCGAUCAGCUCAAAACAAAUGGAAAUAGUGAGAAAGUUAGCCGAGGAUUGCUGCAAAUAUGGAGCUGAAAAUCAAAGCACUAGCACUCCUCUAGUGAUAGCUUCUGAUUACUUCGGUACUUCAUAUAAUUCAAUUGAAGAGGAGAGAGAGAUAUUUCUUAAGAUCCUUGGUGAGCAGGUUGCUGAACCUUUACGGGCGCAAAUAACAGGAGCUCCUUUGGAGGAUGCUCGUCACUUGACUCAUCGUUAUGAUAAACUGCGUCAGGAGGUGGAAGCCCAGGUGGCCGAAGUAUUGAGGCGUCGGCUGAAAUCCAGGGGCUCUGUAUCUGCAGAGAGUUCUCUGAAGCUUCAGAAUGCAGAAGCAAGAUUGACAGAACUUAAAUCUACAACAGUGGCACUUGGGCGAGAAGCAACUGCCGCAAUGUUGUCAGUUGAGGAGCAUCAGCAACAGAUGACUUUCCAUAAGCUUUGUACCAUGGUCGAUGCUGAGAGAUCUUAUCAUCAACAUGCUCUUGCUAUUUUAGACAAGCUACAUUCUGAGAUGAUUCUGGAAAAACUACCAAAAGAAUUCUCAUCACAAUCUGAGAAAAUGGAUCCUGAUACUAAUUCAAAUAGGUCUGAUGAUCAUGGACAACUUUACCAGGAUGACACUUUCUUCAUUGCAAGAGCUAUACACCCGUUUGAUGCUCAAGCAGAUGGAGAGUUGAAUCUAGCAAUUGAUGAUUAUGUUGUGGUUCGUCAGGUGGGCCCUAAUGGGUGGUCUGAAGGAGAAUGUAAUGGCAAGGCCGGAUGGUUUCCAUCUGCAUAUAUAGAGAGGCAGGAGAAAGCCCCUUCGGCCAAAUUAAUGUAAUUACAAUUUCAUUCCCACACCUCCUAUAUAAAUAUUUUUUCGGAUAUGAACCUACUAUAUAAACUUGGUAUAAACUGUAUAUACCAAUAUUUUUAAUGUAUAAUAAUAGUUUUAUUUGGAUGAGGUACUUGGCUCUUUCAGCUAGCCUAGCAUGGUGCUGUGCAGAAAAAACAAAUGAUAUUUUUAGUGUAAUAGUGAUGUGAUGUAAUGUGCGGAUGUAUCAUGGAUUUUUAUUUAAAACAUAAUAUAUAUUUUUUACUAUGGCCAUUCAAA